AUGGUGGUUCACCAACAUUUGACAUCUUUGACCAUAAACGACGGAUUGGACUAGUUAAAUCACCAAAUUAAUUAUUUGGAUAAAGCCUUUUGGAAUUGGCAUUUAGGCUGGAUCUGCUAUCUGCUACUUCCAGCGGCACUAGGCUUGCUUAUCCCAAACUUUGGGCUACCACCAUGUCGCCGGUCAUGGCUCUGUCGUCGCUGGGGUCGGAAUCGGAGAUUGGAGCGAUGCACUGAGCCCGGUCAAUCGUCGCUGCGCAGCCAGCUGGAACUGCAAAUUGGGGCUCUGAGCUUUCCCCUUUACGGGUUGGAGUGCCCAAAUCCAGGCGCAUGUGCCUCACUAUCGAACAAGAUGUGUUGAUGGUUUGCCGGCCCGCCCUCUAUUGCCAACGUGUUGGCUUUGCUGCUGACUGAAGUCCGGCGAACGGGGUGGGGAUUGGCGGUGGUGCACGAACUGAUCCGCCGGCCCCCAUCAGAAUCUGGUCCGCCCCUUUCCUCCUCUUUGAUAUUAGCCUAACAGAAAUUGGUUUUGCAGCUUCAAUUUCCACCAUCUGUCGUGGUCUACCGGUCUGAAUAGCAUCGUCUGCGGUUUGCCCUCAGAAAACAUUAGAGGCAUUAACGAGGCUCCCCCGCCUAGUCAGAUUUACGCAGAGAUUUACUCUCUCCAAUCAUCAAUCAAUCCAACCCCCAGAGGGUCCAGUCUCACCCACACAGAUUUCUACUCAAUGGUGGCCGGUGGAAGAAGCUCAAAUCUCAGGGCCAAAAUUAAGCGCCUUUGGUCGGCGGAGCUCUGGUACUGUCUGCUGGUCGGCAGGGCAGCAGGGGAAAACACACUGCUCCUUGUGGCAUCUUAAUCGGAAUUUGCAGAUUAAAAGAAAAGAACGGAUCUUAUUGGAGACCCCAUUCGUCGGCUGGAUUGGGAUUCAGCCUUUGUUCUAAAUGGAAUUUCUGUGUAGUCUCCCAGGGAGAACACAAGGAUUCACCGCAAGGAUGAAUCUCUAGAAAGAAAAGAAUGGCAAAAAUCUGGUUGAAAAUUUUUUGAGAGCACGCUUGAUGCGUUCGACAAUCUCAAUGUUGGAUUAUGGCAUCGAAUUGAAGGAGAAAAUGUACGAAGAAGAAGCUAAGUGAAUAAUGUUGUGUAUUGAGCCUCCUUUUCCCCCUUCCCUCUCCCAAGAAAAGGGUUUCAAGAAAGAUAGAUGAGGGUUUCUUUCAAUUGGUGGAAUAUGAGAAAAUUCCAUUCUUUUGUACCCAUUGUCGUCAGCAAGGACACUCUAUUGAAAGGUGCAAGCUUUUGGAGGAGUAUAAUUAAUGCGUUUGAGACUCGGAGGAAGGGGAAGGAUCGGAGCAUGUUCAAGAGCCACGGCCGAAACGGGAUCCCAGCAAAAGUGUAGAAAGAAUAUUUUCAUUAAUGAAUUGUGGUCAUUACAUGUGAAUAUACUAGGAAUCUCAAUCCUAAUUAUGGUAGGAGAGACAUAGUAGGAAGCUGAUACAAUUAUGGUAACAAUAUAAUACGUACACUAAUAUUAAAUAUAUAAAUAAUACUUCCUCUGUCCACCAUAGAUCUUCCCGGAACAACGCCGGAGUCUACCACAAUCUUUAUGCUAGUAAAGAUUAUAGUAGUAUAAAAUAUAAAGAUUAAAAUUUGGGAUAAUAAUAAUCUUGUAUAUUUCUAUAGAAAAUAUUUCCAAUAAUAUUUAGAAAAUAUUAUAGAUAUUUUCUAUACACAAAAUGAUAUAUGUGGAAGUGUGGAACCAAAAUAAUAUUUUAUCUCACUAGAAAAUAUUAUGGCCGAAACUCCACUAAUUUCAAUCAUGGAAAUUUGAUCCUUUAAAAUCUCCACUUGGCCGAACAAUGAUAUGAGAAGGAUUUGUGAAAUUCUUCUCCACUCAAAUGUUUAAAGUGUAUUUUAUUUGACACCAAAAAUUAAUAUAAAAUUAAUUUUAAAUCAAAUAAAAUACAAACAUCAUUUUUAAACAAGUAUAAAAAUAUACUUUAAAUAGUUUAUGUCAAAAUAAUUAUUUUCAUAAUUAAAAUGACAAACCAAAAUAAAAUAUUCAACAUAUAAUAUAUAUAUAUUAAUCGGCACAUAUAUAUAAUAUAUAUAACCGAAUAUUUAUAUAUAUAAUAUUACAUUCCAAAAUAUUUUAUUUUACUAUUUUUACAAAUAUACAAAUUACUUAUUAUCCCAUUGUUUAAUCCUACUCCUUAAAUUGUCCAAAGUGUGUGACUCGUAUAGGCACUUAUAAAGCUAGCCAUAGUAUUGGCUCUGCACCAAUACUAUAAACAAUAAGCGGUAUCUAGCAACACAUUAUUGUCCCCAGAUUAUAAGUUAAGACGUUUGCACCGUCAAAACCUUUCCACGACUCAGACUCUGUGUAACUGUAUCCCUUUGUCUCAAUGCCUAAACUUAAUGCAAGGGAUUAAUAAAAUCCAGCUUGUAUCCAUUAAGUCAUUCACUGAUUUAUCAAGUCUGACUAAUAGGAACAGACGUCAUAAAAAACAUCUCAGCAUGGCCAUGCAGUUUCCUCAGUCAUGACUUAUCAGUGGGCCCCAUAAGACAUUAAUCUCUUUUAAAAGAGUAGUGACAAAUCCUAUGUACGUAAUCUACGUUUCUGAAUACGCGCUGCGGCAAUACCCAAAACAAAGCCUGUAUACCAUCCUUAUUUCAUAUGGCUUAGGACGAUGCAUCAAAGUAUGCGGGUUCACAUAUGCAGAAAACGUAAUACUUCAAGUCGAAGGAUAGUUACACCCGUGGUCGUGCUAAAUAUGCUUAGAGCAUGAACUAAAAGUUCAAGCAACAUCUUUAGGAUGGGUCAGUCCGGCAUCCUAUUAUCUCUAGAUAAUAUCUGCCCAUGUGCGGAUGCGAACACACCGUCAUUGACUAUGAGACUAAUACGGAAUUGGUUCUCGAGUUGCAUGGCACGAGCGUGUUUAUUGUCGUGAAAGAGAUCAUGAAUCACCUUCCAGAGAGAAGCUGCAGAGGUGGUGGAAGAGAUGACAAGGUCCGAAACCUCGUCGGUGAUGGUGGAGAGAAUCCAGCCUUGAAGAAGAGCGUCCAGUUGAAACCAUUCAUCGUCGCCGUCGGAGAGUAUUUGAUUAUCCUAAAAGCUAUAGAGAAGGCAAUUGUCAAUUCUGAUCUUGGUAUGACUCCAAAUUCUGAUGGAGAAGUAAUAAGAUUAGCUCUCCCUCAAUUAACAUCUGAAAGGAGGAAGGAGUUGUCAAAAGUUGUGGCCAGGCAAGCUGAAGAAGGGAAGGUUGCUUUAAGGAACAUAAGAAGAGAUGCUGUCAAAUCGUAUGAAAAACUUGAGAAGGAGAAAAAACUCUCUGAAGACAAUGUAAAGGAUCUGUCUAAUGAUUUACAAAAAGUUACUGAUGAGUAUAUUAGGAAGAUCGAUGCAAUCUAUAAGCAGAAGGAGAAGGAAUUGCUGACCGUUUAGCAGCAGCUUUUGGGCACUCAAAGUUUAGUUUGGGUUUUACUGGAACACACGCACUUCCUCAGAUCUUCUAUGCCCAUGUUUAGUAUGUUUCUGAUUCAUAAAUUUUGUGCAGUUAUGUUUCAUGGGAAAGGCUGAUCAGUGUUGAAAAUCUGAAUCAGAUUUUACUUGUUUCAAAAGAAUAUGGACUAUGGAGUUUUGGUGUAUUUUUGGUAGGUAAAAAAGGCUAAACUAGGUA